CAUCACUUUUAUUCUAGUGUGUGAGGUUUUAUCCCGACUGGUAUUUAAAUGGAUCUGGGGGUUAUCGCAUGUUCUUACAAUGGACAUCAAACAGUUUCGUGAUUCUGCCGAACUUUCAGAUUUUACAGUUUACAUAGAUAAUGAAAGAUUCAAACUACACAAGUUCCCACUUUACACGAAGUCAGAUUUCUUCAAAGAGAUAGCUAGCAGCAAUCCUGUUUGUCAAAUAAGUGAAUUUCCUGGUGGUUCCAAGACUUUCUCUGUUAUUGCCGAUUUUUGUUACGGCAAAGAAAUAAGUGUUUCGUCUCAAAAUGUUGUUUAUUUGUAUGCUGCCGCUGAUUUACUCAAAAUGAAAGGUAGAGAAAAUAUGCUAGAGAUAUCGAGGGAAUUUAUUGAUACUAUAUUUCGUAAUGCCUACGAAACAAAGGAAAUUUCAGAUUUAAUAUGUGUUUUAUGUUUGGCGUACAGUAUGAAGUCUGAUGCGGUGAAGAAAUUUUAUGAUGAAUCAGUUGAAAUGUUGCUGUCUUUAUGGCUUCAUGAAGAAAGUGGAUUCAAACGGCUUUAUACUGGUCAUAGCAAAUCAUCAUCAGAUUGUGGCAUACUACACGAUGACCAGUUUAUAGCAGACUAUCUUGUAUACGUACCUUUAGGGACUAUUAUCAAACUGGUUGAAUUAGCUAGGGAUAAGCGAGUGGAUGAAAAGAUUAUUUUGAAUUUAUGUGCCAAAUACUUAGGUAGAAUUUUGGAUCAUUUUGAUGCUGCAGUCCAAGAUAAAGGUGAAAAUGGUAAAGCUUCAGACGCUCAAAACCUGACGGAGUCUAAAAACGUUGAGGCAAAAGAAACUUCAUGUACUCAUGACCAUCCGUUUUGUGGUUUAAGUCUACUUGUAAAAAUUGACCAUCAAAAGAAACUUGAAAAGCUCUAUGAGGACAAUGCCAGCCUGUCUGAAUCCCUUAAAAACUCAUUAGAACAGUUCGAAAAUAUUUUUCAAGUACUUAAACAACCAGUUGAUUUGUCUGAUUUCAUUAAUAAAACAUGGAUUACUAAGGCAUUGAUACUAACAGAUCCAAAUCGUGUAAAAACUAAAUGUCGACCAGAUGUUUUAAAGAUAGCCAACAAAAUACUGUCAGCUCUGGAUGAAGAAGAUUAUGAUCAACUGUCUCCAUCUGUUCUUAACGAUAUAAUUUGUGCUAAUGAUAUAAAGGUUGUUAAACAACCAGUAGAAGAAAUUACCCGGCUUUCAAGAAGAAGUUCUAAACAACGACAAAGUUAUAGUACAGAGGGCAAUUUCGAUAGUAAUAAAAGUGAAAGUCCCAACAACAACAACAACAGAAGACGAAGCAGUGCCAAAGAACACCUGGAAGCAAACGCUAACGAAAGUAAUGCUAAUCCAGUUGAAACAAGGCUAGAAUUACCGGAAACUGUUAGACACCAGAUUAUUAGAUAUAUGUGUAGAAAGGCUGAAGAACAAAAGCUUACGAUGGAGGACUAUAUACAAUUUCUUAAAAAAAUUCAAAUGCCAAAUUCAAAAACUUCGGUAGAUGAUGAUUUGGUGAAUAUUUUGAAAAAGUUAACCGAGCCAGGUCAAAAACUAUGUGAGGAAGACAAAAAGGAGAUAAUAAACUAUAUUAAAUUGAACAACUGUACAGCAGAUACAUUAAAUGAUGUUCUGGGUAUGGAUUUAUUCCCUCCUAAAGCAAUUGCUGAAGCAGCUUUGUACGUUGCAAAUCAGGCACAGGGUAAACAAAUUUGUCCUUUCGCCAAGUUUAGAGGAUGUUCAGAGUAUCCGUACAUAGGAGGACUAAGUAAUGCUUAUUACACAAAACCAUCAUCUUUACCAAUGCGAGGUAGAUCUCAAUACAGAGAUAAUCUUCAGUGUGGGUCACAUUGUUCAAGAACACUUUACCCUUCUUACACUAAUACACUGCGUAGUUCAUCAUUGAAUGCUCGUCCAACAAGUGAUUGUAAAGAUUUUAAUUGUCGUCCACAACCCUUGUUACCAUGUUAUCCUUUUCAACCAUAUUCAAAUGCUGGCAGCAAAUAUUGUUUUGAUGCAUAUAGUGCAAAGUAUUCAAGUCCAUCUACUACUAAUAAUAGUAGUAGUAACUAUCUAAGAAAAAGUUUCAAUAAAGAUAAUAUACCUUAUCCUGAAACGCUCAAUAAUUUCAAUGAUUACUCAUCAAAGUCGCUAUGGAGACAAAAAUAUCUUACAACAAGUAAUAAUCUAUAUUGAAUGAAGAAAUUUGAUCAGUAGUUGUGAAACUGUUGCUCAUGUCUAUCUUAAGGUGUUAUUCUUCUCUUCAAUUUAAUAAGUCCGGAGGGUGGGGGGGUGGCGUAGAGUGCUCAGUUGUAUUUUUUUGUCUUUGCUGUGUCCAAUGUUCAACAAGAGUUAAUAAUUUCUGUUUUUUUGUUUUGACUGUAAUUAUUUGAGAUAAUAGUCAACUAUUUGUCUGAUAUGUACACAUAGAAGUAUAUUCUAUCUGUUCAUCUAUUUUGUCCUGGAAUUCUUUAGUAAUAUGACUGAGUACAUAUAUAUAUAUUUCAAUACACCUUCUAGUUUCUUAAUUAUCUUAUGGAAUUAUUUUUAACCUACCUUCCCCCCCCAGACACACACACACUUACACACAGAGACAUACAGACCUUUCCCCCUUCAUCAUUGUACUUGUUUUGUAAUUGCUUGGAUCAAAAUUGACGAUCAGGUAUCAUUGAAUUUAUGAUCAUUAUUAUUAUUAUUGCUGUUAGAUCAUGAACAUGAACACUUAUUUAUUUAUUUUUAUAAUGGAUUUAUUCAAAUUUAGAAGCAUACAUAAUUAUAUAUACAUUACUUUAAUAAAACAAAUUGUAACAAUAUUAUUACAUAAUCUCAAAUCUCUUGUUAUUUCUUAAUCCCAAUUAACUAGAAUUACGUAUAUAUAUAUAUAUGUAUGUAUAUAUGUACUGUUAAACGUUUUUGUAGGCGUUUGAAUGAUUGAUUGACUAGUGAAUCAAACAUUCUAGAAUAGUAGUCAUAAAAAAGACACGAUAAAGACAAAACAUAAACGAGAGAAAAGUUUCAUCAAACUGAUAUUCUUCAUAUUUCCCUCCUCGUCCUCCUGUUUGUUGUUGUUGAUGUUAUUGAAACAUUGAUCAGUUGAAGAAAUAAUAAUGCGAAACAGCACAGAAAAAGGCGAAAGAGACACAGAGACAGAGUAGUCUGUAAGUCAGUGAGUUAAACAAGAAAAAAAAACGGAAAGUUCUCAAAGACAAGCUGUGAAAGCUGUGAAACAAAAAAAAGAUACAUACAAUAAUUAAUUAAUUAAUUAGUAGAAGAAUAGAAAACCUAAAAGAUAAUUAAAUUGAACUUUUGAAACGAGUUGAAAAGUAUGCAACCAAACAAAAGACACGAAGAAAAAGAAGAAGAGAAACUAGUAAGUAGUGUGGUGUUGUAAUGUGAUUAGGUAGGUUAUCAGCGAUAUGAGUAGUAUAUUAGUAGUAGUAGACAAAGUUUUCAUUAAAGAAUUAAAUUAAUUGUACACAAGUUUAUCAUGGCAUUUUAAACAACUGAAAUAGUCAACUAAAUAAUCCAUCCGCUUCUAUUGAUCAUUGAAUAAUAAAUAAUCUAUUGGUAAUCUAAUUUCAUCAACAGAUAUAUAUAUAUAUAUAUAUAU